AUGGUCUUUGAACAUCUCCUCGUCCUCUUCUCCUUCCUUCUCGCAGUCUCCGCCUUUCCAUUUGACAAACGGGCGAACGAUCUCGAGGUCGUCCUGACCACACAGACCUCGCGAGUCGCGUCCAUUGAGGACAUCGAGAUUACGGCUGCCGUCACCAAUAACGGCGCCGAGACCCUCAAGCUGCUCAAGUAUGCUACGAUUUUAGAUGGGGACUUGCCCACCAGCUCGUUCACGAUCACCAAGGAUCGGCGUCCUGUUCCUUUCCUUGGUGUGAAGCUGUCGAUUUCAUUGUCGGACCUCGAUGAUUCUGCGUUCGUCACGAUUGGCGCUGGGGAAACUGUCACAAUUGUUCAUUCCGGUCUCGCUGCACUCUAUGAUUUUGCCUCCGUUGGAACCGGCUCCUUCUCGUUCGAGCCUCGUAUCAACAUCGUCAAGGCAGACGAAGACGAUGUCAGGGUCUCUUCCUUCUCUGAUCUCACAGUUGGAACUAGCUCCGUCACUGUGGAUGUCACCGACGACGUUGCUCGACGGGUUCUCGGUGGAUUGAAUUUGGUCGAAAAGCGAGCAAGGAACGUCGUGUCCGAGUCGAGGACCCUUGCCACUGCCGCCUCCUCUUAUGUCAACAGCCGAGGCACCAGCGACUCCUUGUAUGUAGCAUACUGGGGCACCAAUGCUGCUUCCAGGGUCACCAGUGUGUUCAACGCUGUGGCCAAUGAAAAUUCAAGUUCCCGGACUCUGGACUGCGUUGACCAAUAUGGCGUCUGUGGAGGAGGAACAAUCGCAUAUACCGUCAUCGCGACAACGAACAUCUACUACUGUUCCAUUUUCUUCAACCAAGUCUCCAUUUCUCAGCUCUGCGGUGGAACGACUGUCGCCGCCCGCAACGUUCGCGGAGGGACAACUUUGCAUGAGUUGACCCAUGCCGUUGCGCGUACAGACGACGUUGCUUAUGGGUGCGCUGCUGACCAGAGGCUGUCAACUUCGCAGAAGAUUAUCAACGCAGAUAACUACAAUGUGCUGAGAGCUUGGUACAGUCUCAAGGUCAGAGCAACUUACGAUGAGACUAUGCGAGGCAUUUCUGUGGGGAGGGGCUUGUACGUCACUUCAUGCUGUACGAAGGGCGCUCUCAUCUGUUUCCGUGGAGUUAGUACAAUCUACGAAUUGUCUGAUCAGUUUGGCGAAGCUAAAGCAUCUCCGAGUCGGGCAAUGUUCCUUCCUCCGCAAGCCUCUCUCGGGUACAAGGCUGUCACCUAUAAUCAUUGGCACGAUGCCUUCUCCAUGACGCCUGUUCGAACAUGUCAAACAAGCAACACUCGCGGAGUAUUAAAAGAAGGAUCCACAAUACCCUUCCUGCACCAUAAGCCCGAUCCUACUCCCACUCCAGCGACAGCACAACGAAAGGAAUCCACAAUCACAUAUCCUAAACGACGAAACAAGUAACAGUAAUCCCACUCGAGUACUAAACUAAACACCGAAAAUAAGAUAAGGCAAUAAAAAGGGGGGAUACAAAAUCCAAAUUACAAACAAAACAUAAAGAUGAUAACUUAUACGCAAUCCGAUUGUGUAGCGGUUUCCAGAAAAUGUGCAAUGUUACAAAUGAGAAAAUAGGAACUCAAAUGCGAAGUGAGGUGACAAACAACAUGAUGGAUAUGCAGAA